UCUUUAUUUCCUGUGGAAGAUGUGUGCAGUUUGCCCCUCCGUUUUCAGAACAACACAGCAUCAAAAAAAAGUGUGAGGUUUCUGUUUUGAUUAUCUUGAACAUGUGGGUUGAGUGUGUGUGUGUUUGUGUGGGUGUGUGUGUGUGCGCAUGCUAGAAGGUCUCUUGUAGCAUCUCAGGAAACAGAAACCUUUCAAUGGUGAUUAUUAUUAUUAUUAUUAUUAUUAUUAUUAUUAUAACAAGUUGUGUUUUUGCUCUGCAAAGUAUCACAGAACAGAUCAUUAUACCUCAUACCUUGUUCACAUGGGAUUCCUGUCUUCUUAGUGGGCAAGGUCAGUCAAGUUUCAUGCAAAUUCAGCAUUAAAAUGUACACAGCCGAGUUCUCACCCAAGGACAUCAGCAUUAUUUAUUGUUCCUACAAUAGUAUUAUCUAGAUAUUUCUGAGCUUUGAACAUGCUUUAUACAUCUAACACUACAAAUUUUCAUGCCACCCUACUGGAUUAGCCUCUCUGCAGCAGUCUGCUCCAUGAGUUGAGUCUAUUUCCCUUUACACUUCGAAUUCCAUUCACAUUUAUGCUUUUGGCAAAUGCCUUUUUCCAAAGCCAUUUACAAGUGAGGCAGUGUAUAAUCCAGGUAUAGAGCUGCAGAGCCUACUGAGAGCCACAAGCCGCACACACCGAGACCACCUCAAAACGCAGAGGUUAAGGCAAGCUGGAGCAAACAGCUUUUCUAAUCCAAUCAGAGGGACGUACUGUAAUGACAUUAGCAAAGUCAAAUUCUGCACUGAUCUACACUUCAUAUGAAUAUUCAGUAACAUGAAUAUUAUUUCGCAAAAUCGCAUUUUCUUGCUUUUGCGCAUUUCCAGCAUUUUUGUGGCCGUUACGCACACAAGGCCUUGCGCUUGCUUUUCCCAAAUGUCUUGAGACCUAGUAUAGUUAAUGCAGCCUGCUUCAUAAUUGAAACCGAUUUCUUUUAUUUAUAGACUUGUUUUAUUUUAUUUUUUAAUAGGUUUGAUAGACUUACAGGGUAUGGAUAUUUAGUUUAAGGUAUCAGUGUUUGCGGUGUGAUUCUAAACUCAUCAGUGCGCACAGCAAAAGGUGCAGGUUUCUCGGUCACGCCUCUUCUUAUAUUCACACGCAAGGGGGAAAAAAGCUAAAACGCUCAGAUAUUAGCUCAAGGGCAACGUGUACACGUUAGGGAAAAAAAUGCUCCAAAGCGUGUACUAUGGCCAGAUUGGCCAACAGGAUGUAGAAAGGUUAUUGGGGAAAUAUGGGAAGGAUGGAAGCUUUCUCCUGAGAGACAGCCAAAGUGAGCGCGGAGCUUUAUGCCUCUGUGUCAGGAAAACUCCAUUUGUCCACACAUACAGGAUUGUCCAUUCACCUCAAGGCUGGGCAGUGGAGACUGAAAACAAGGAGAAGAUACAGUGGUUCCAGUCACUGGAUAAACUCAUCGAAUCCUACAAAGAAACCCCCCAUAACAUGGUUCCCCUACUGUAUCCUCUUGAAAAAUCACAUCUAAAUGAAGAGGAGAGACAGAUUAGAGCAGAAUCGGCCUACAUGGAAAUGUGAAAAUCUCAGGUGAUCCACUGAGAGGGAGUGUGCCUGUGUAAAUAAUUUUCCCUUUUCUAAACUACCUUUAACACCUAAUACAAGCCUGUGCUAUCUAUGUGUUACCAAUAAAAUGAGUUUUGCCUCUAUCUGCCUUUGUUUAGCUGGUGUAUUUAUAUCUUCAAGUGACCCUACUGGCCUUUUGUUAUUCAAGGCCGUGAAAACAUUCCACAAGAUGGCAGUGGAGCUGCUAAAGUUUGUGUGAUUGACAGCAUGCUUUCACUUCUGACUUCCCCUAAAGUUCAGAAGAAACUUUGUAAAUUCAAGGCACCCUCCCAAUACAUGAAACCAAGUCUGUGUGAUGGAUUCUGUGCUCAAGAAAUUUCCAGUCAAAACUGUUUAGCCUGUGUGCUGGAUUCAGGAAAUUCCUGUGAAUAACUGUGAAAAUAGUGUGUAAACUGCAGAUAAGGUCAAACAAAGACAUGUUUCUUCCAUUUAUUAAUCGCAAUGUUUUACUACCUGGCCUAUAUCUAGUGGCCCUUCAUUCUUCUCUACGCUUUGCUAGGAUGUGUUGUUCAGUUUUUAUACAAAGUGAGUUGUUUUAAAUGCAUGAAAAAGUGAUGAUCUGCACAAAGUAUCUUUACUAAAGAUAAGGUUUUGAUAAAAUACAGGUCAUUUUUUUUUAAUGAUAAACCUGACUGGAAGGAAAAUACCAAAUAUUUUGACAAUAUGUUUGACAAGAAUGUUCAAUAAUUAAUGUGCCAAAAAUGUGCAAAUUGCACUUGUCAGGAGAAAUGACAACAAUUACUACUUAUUAUCUGUAUUGUUUAAACAGUGCAUUGUUAAUUAACUAAGUUCUAAUAAAUGUAUUUCUUACAUUGCCUAAAGCAUGCAAAUAAACUCAUAUUUUUUUUAAA